AUGAGAUGUCUGCUGAUAUUGCUGUUUUUGGCGUCGGUGGCGCUCGCCUCGUUCUACAAAAACAGCCCCGUCGUGGAAGCCAAGGGUAACUUGGGCCCGGUGCUCAAGUCCAACAAAACCUCCAUUGUGGAGUUCUAUGCUCCAUGGUGCGGACACUGUCGAAACCUGUUGCCCGAGUACGUCAAGGCCAGUAAGGGUCUGCGAGGUCUCGCCAACGUAGUCGCCGUUGACUGUGAUCAGGAGAUCAACAAACCCGUAUGUGCCCAAUGGAAGGUCCAGGGUUUCCCCACCCUCAAGAUCUUCCGACCCUUCAACGAUCCCAAGACCGGAAAGAAGAUGCGGCCCAUGGUUGAGGACUACAAGGGUCCUCGGGAGGCCGCUACCAUAGUCAAGGAGGUUUCUGGUCGAAUCAAGAACCUAACAAAGCGUCUCUCUAGUGUCGCUGACCUGAAGAGUCUGAUGGAGAGCACCGAAGAGGACGUCCACCACAUACUGUAUCUUCCCGCUACCACCAAGAAGCUCGUUCAGGUUCCUCCCGUGCUUAAGGCCAUCGCAAUUGACUUUGUCGAUACGGCCAAGGUCUCCUUCGCUCCCGGAAAGGCGGUGCCUGAUAUUGUCAAGCAUCUCCAGCGAGAGUACCCUUCUCUGUCCAAGCUGGACACCACCAAGAGCCAGAUUGUGCUGCUCAAAAAGGGCUACCAUCCUGCGUCUUCCAACAAGGACAUGUCUCACGAGGGCAUCCUCAAGUUCGUUAACCAGUACGUUAUCAUUCGAGAGGGCAAGAACCGAAACGCUCCUGCUAAGAAGACUCUCAAGGAGUUCAUCGUCGAGUCCGACGUCCCCGAUCUCACUACCGACAAUGACUCUGUUGACGAGGAGGAUGAGAUUCUUACUGAUGCCAAGGACGAUAUUGAGGUCGAGAUUGUGGAGCAGGUUGAGGAAGUCACCCAGGAGGAGGCCGCUGCCCAACCCGAUACCGAUACCGACGAUACUGAGCCCGAGCCUCUUAUGGCAGAUUCACCUUCUGAUUCCGACUCUGACACCGAUUACGAUGCUGAUACUGAGGAGAUCGAGGACGAAAAGCCCUCCAAGAUCACUCCUACUCCAGAGCAGAUCAACCUCAACGGCGGACCAGAGCACCAGAAGGCCCAGAUUCAGUCAAUUAUUGACAGGUACGGAGGAGAGGAGAAACACCCUCGACAGGCCUCUCGAAUCUACUCCUUCGCCGAGCUGCGAGAUGCUUGUCUCAAGUCCGACUCUCCCACAUGUGUUAUCAUGUCCACUUCUCCUUACAGCUUUCAGACCGACUUGCUGACGAUCCACAAGGCUGCCCGACAUGCCAGUGACGACACCUACAAGAAGGUCAAGUUUGUCUACUUUGUGGACAUCACUGACGAGCUCGAGAGGCUUGCCGAGGAGCUUGGAAUGGGCCCUUACACAUACAUGAAGCCUCCAGCUGACGCCAAGGGCGGAAAACACCAUCUUCAUGAGGGAUCUUAUGUCCUUCUGGAUAUCCACAAAAACAAGGUCUACAAGAUGCCCAGUUCUAUCGUUAAGAACGACGGCAACAUUGUCAACUUCGCCACCAAGGGCUACAAGAAGGUGGAUGGCAAGAAGCUUCCUCCCAGAUACAGAUUUGAGUACUCUGACCGGGACGAGUUGUAA